AUGCGCGUCUACGCUCUCCUCAUGGCCGCGGCCGCUGUCGUGGCUCCCGCUCUGGCUGGCAGCAGCAACUACGCACUUGGUACAGUGCAGAUUGCAGUCGACUCCACGACCUCCAGCGCCGCUGGCUCGUCUUCUUCGUCGCUGCCCACCGUCGAGCUCGACUACACCACCGUCCAGGCCGACGGAGGCAACACCGCCGUCGGCUACUACAAGUACCAGAACAUCCGCUUCGCCAAGGUGCCGACUGGCGAGCUCCGCUUCGCGGCCCCCGAGUGGCCCGACUGCAAGACCUCUGAAGACUGUUUGUACCUGGACGUAUGGGCUCCUGCCAACGCUGCCGGACGCAACCUGCCAGUCCUCGUCUGGACCUACGGCGGCGGCUUCACGGGCGGCUUGAAGUCGGAGAACACGCCCGAGGGCAUCUUCGACCUUACUCAAGACUUCGUGUUCGUCGCGUACAACUACCGCGUGGGGAUCACUGGCCUCACUAAUGGCCCAACGUACCAGCACGAAGGUGGAGCGUUCGAGUGGGUGCAGAAGUACAUCAGCAAGUUCGGCGGCAAUCCGAACGACGUCACCGCCGCCGGUUUUUCCGCUGGUGCGUCCCAAGUCAUGUUCCAGUUGACGUGCUUCAGCGGCAACGCGCCUCAGCUCUUCCACAAGGUGUACAUCAUGUCCGCGGGUUACGUCCCUGGCGCCGGCCACCACCACGCGGAGCAGUUCUGGCAGAACGUGUCGUCCUCUUUGGGCUGCGAGGGUGGACACCUUGACUGCAUGCGCGUGGUCUCGUUCGACGACUUGGUCAACGCGUCCAACACCGUUGUGGACACGUACACGUACCAGAUGCAGCCGCGCGUGGACGGCUUCAUCCUUCCGGACACGUACGAGGCCAGUCUGUACCAGGGCCACUUCAACUUCUCUGGUCCGUGCGUCGUCUCCCACGAGCAGCAUGAGGCAAACUCUCACGCGUACUCCGGUGUUGAGACUCAAGAGGACGUCGCAACCUACCUGCGUAUCUUCUUCCCUGGCAUCUCGGACGAUGCUGUGGAGACGGCGCUGAAGCUGUACCCUGAGUGCGACUACGAGAGUGCUGGUCUUCGCUUCGCCGACAUGAAGCAGUCGUUCGACUUGACUGCGAAGAACUUGGCGCUGACGAAUGCCCUGAACAACCAGACCUGGAACGCCGAGGUCGCACUGGGAGAGACCACGCACGGCUACGACCAGAACUACUACUGGUACAGCACCGCGUCCACAACUGCGUCUUCCAUGAGUUCGGAGGAAGCUGCGAGUGUCGGUGCUGUUACGACGACGGUGAACGCGACGAUCGCCAUCAAGAUGCAGAAGUACCUCAUGUCCUUUGUGCUCACCGGCAACCCCAACACUAUGUGGACCGAGGACAAGAUCUACUGGCCGCUGUACAACGAAUCAAGCGUGGGCACGCAGAUCGUGUUCAACGACACAUUCACGGUCGCGGAUGAUGAUCUGGCCAACGCCAAGAGCCUGUUCUGGAACAAGACGUUGUGGUAUUAA